AUGGCCGGUACAAAGGAUAUAGUCUGGCGUCCAGGGCCAAUCGAGGUCGUUGUGCAGGUUGGAGAAGAUGAACUCCCACGGAUCAAAGCACUUGGGCCUACACUAGGCCAGGAAACCUCUGCCCAAGAAGCUGAAUAUGCUGUGCCUUUGUUUGCCGUUCGCUUGGUAGGCGAGGGAAACAGAAGCCAUAAGAGCUCCCAGUCGAUGAUCGGAAGCUAUGCUUCAGAUCGACUCAAGUACCAAAGCCACCAAGAAGGCGAAAGCGGUGGCCUGAAGACUCUCAAAAUCAAGGCUCAUGACAAAGAAACCGGUCUCACCGCUAUAGCCAACUUGUCCGUCUAUCCGGAGAUUCCAGUGGUCAGGUCGACUGUCACGCUGGAAAACGAGUCCCAGGAGGACAUCAUCGUGUCCCAAGUGGCCUCUAUUGCGAUUAGCGGUCUGACCACCAGUGCCAAAAAGUACUGGGAGGAAUAUGUCCUCUCGUCCGCCAACAACCAAUGGUUUCGAGAGGCUCAAUGGCAUGACAGCAGCUUGUCGAGCGUUGGGCUUGAUGACUAUGGUGUCCUUGAGUUUGGCCAGAACAUUGCAACUCUGGCCUCAUACUCCAUUGGGAACCGCGGUAGCUUUUCGACAGCGGGCCAUUUGCCGAUGGGGAUGCUGAAGCGCAAGGACGGCAAGCAGACCUGGCUGUGGCAGAUCGAAAACAAUGGAUCGUGGAAAUGGGAGUUGGGAGACUAUUAUGAUCAGCUCUAUCUCGCCGCCAGUGGACCAAGAGGCACCGACCACGAUUUCAAGCACAAGCUGAGUCCGGGAGCUUCAUUCACAAGUGUUCCUGCGGCAGUCACCGUCGUGGAGGGCAAUCAAGACAAAGCCUUCUCGGCGCUGACCCAGUAUCGACGCAGCAUGCGAAGAAAACACAAGGACAACGAGACUCUUGGAUUGAUCUUCAACGAUUACAUGAACUGCUUGAUGGGAGAUCCAGAUGAAAACAAGGUGACUGCGUUGAUUGAACCAGCUCGGAAGGCCGGCUCUGAAUUCUUUGUCAUUGACGCAGGCUGGUACUCCGACGACAACAGCUGGUGGGACGACGUGGGCUUGUGGGAGCCUUCCAAAGUCCGAUUCCCCUCAGGCUUCAAGAAGCUUUUGGACAACAUUAGGGCGCAUAACAUGAUCCCCGGAGUUUGGCUUGAACCUGAAGUGAUUGGAGUUCGCAGUGUCGUCGCCCACCAAUUGCCAGAGGAUGCCUUUUUCCAGGAAAACGGACGCAGAGUGGUGGAGAAAGGCCGAUACCAGCUCGACUUCCGUCAUUCAGCGGUGCGUGAAAGACUGGAUAAGGUGGUUGACAAUCUCGUGUUGAACUAUGGCGUCGGAUACUUCAAGUUUGACUACAACAUCGAGGUCGUCCAGGGCACAGAUGCCAACGCCUUCAGUACCGGUGACGCCCACCUUGGCCACCAGCGAGCAUACCUGUCCUGGGUCAACGGGCUGUAUGACCGACACCCAGACCUGGUGAUCGAGAGCUGUUCGUCCGGUGCGCAGCGUCUGGACUACGCCAUGCUUGGUACACACUCGCUACAGUCCACCAGCGACCAGCAAGAUCCUGUUCGGUAUGGAUCCAUUGCUGCGGCUGCCCCCACGGCUGUGACCCCCGAACAAAGUGCCGUAUGGGCAUAUCCUCAGCCCGUCUGGGACGAUGAGACCAAUGCCUUGACCGUGGUCAACAGUCUUCUCGGCCGGAUCCAUUUGAGCGGCAGACUCGACUUGUUAUCCCCUUCACAGCUGGACCUUAUCACCACGGGAAUGAAUGUGUACAAAGACAUCCGUGGCCAGCUUGCUGAGGCACUUCCCUUCUGGCCAAUUGGUUUGCCGAAAUGGGAAGAUGACUGGCACUCGUUAGGACUUACCACGACCAAGGGUGACGUUCUGCUUGCCGUGUGGCACCUGAAGGGCUCACAGAAGCUUUCGCUGCCGAUUGCCCCCCUGAAGGAGGCAUCGGACGUCAGUGUGGAGCUGCUCUAUCCAGCACAGUUUGAGACCCAGGCCAGCUGGAACGGAAAGGAAGGCACUUUGGACGUCCAGUUCCCUGCUGUCGUCUCUGCCAGACUGUUUCGUCUGCGCUCACUGUAA